AUGGCCACCGGCCUCACCCUCCAAUCCUCCAUCCGGGGCGCCCCCGACGCAACGGCCAUCAUCAUCCCCGGGUCGCCCGCCCUGACCGUCACCUACAAGGACCUCGUGGCCGAGACGACGUCGUUCCAGCAGAAGCUCGCAGCGCUCGGCAUCGCCCACGGAGCUGCCGUGUCCAUCGCCACCGUCAACUCGUACGAGUUCAUCGUCUCCUUCCUGGCCGCCUCAUGGCAACGCGCCAUCGCUGCCCCGCUCAACCCGGCCUACAAGCAGGAUGAGUUCGAGUUCUACAUCGACGACGUCAAGUCCGCCAUCGUCCUCGUGCCCCGCGGCGCCUACCAGAACGCCUCCCCCGCCGUGAAAGCCGCCCAGAAGUUCAACGCUGCCAUCGCCGAGUGCUACUGGGACGCCACCAAGCACGAAGUCGCUCUCGACAUCAAGGAACGCGGCCAGCUCCAAGGCAAACCCCAACAACCCGUCCUCACCCCCCAACCCGACGACACCGCUCUCAUCCUCCACACCAGCGGCACCACCUCGCGCCCCAAAGUCGUCCCCCUCUCCCACCGCAACCUCACCCGCACCAUGCACAACAUCCAACAAACCUACCAACUCACCCCAUCCGACCGCACCAUGCUCGUCAUGCCGCUCUUCCACGUCCACGGCCUCCUCUGCGGCCUCCUCGCCCCUUUCCUCUCCGGCGGCUCCAUGGUCGUGCCCCCCAAAUUCUCCGCCUCCGACUUCUGGCGCGACUUCACCCUCCACCGCGCCAACUGGUACACCGCCGUGCCCACAAUCCACCAAAUCCUCCUCAAAAACCCCACCCCAUCCCCCGUCCCCCCAAUCCGCUUCAUCCGCUCCUGCUCCUCCCCCCUAUCCCCCACCGUCUUCCACGCCCUCGAACAAACCUACAACGCCCCCGUCCUCGAAGCCUACGCCAUGACCGAAGCCGCCCACCAAAUGACCUCCAACCCGCUCCCCUCCGUCGGUCCCCGCAAGCCAGGAACCGUCGGUCUCGGCCAAGGCGUGGAAGUCGUCAUCCUCUCCGAAACCGGCGACCCGGUGGCCCCGGGAGCCGAAGGCGAAAUCUGCAUCCGUGGAGAGAACGUCACAAGCGGGUAUCUGAACAAUGACGCUGCCAAUGCCUCGGCGUUUGUGGCAAAGGAAAAGGGCGGGUAUUUCCGCACGGGGGACCAGGGAAGGAAGGAUGAAGACGGGUAUGUGGUGAUUACGGGGAGGAUUAAGGAGUUGAUUAAUAAGGGCGGGGAGAAGAUUAGUCCGAUUGAGUUGGAUAAUGUGCUGGCGAGGCAUCCCGGGGUGGCGGAGGCGGUGAGCUUUGCGGUGCCGGAUGAGAUGUUUGGGCAGGAGAUUGGGGUUGCUGUUGUGAGGAAGGGGGGGGUGGGGACGUUGGGGGAGGAGGAGUUGAGGAAGUGGGUGGGGGAGAAGUUGGCGCGGUUUAAGGUGCCGAAGAAGGUGUACUUCACCGACGUCAUGCCCAAGACGGCCACGGGCAAGAUUCAGCGGCGCAUUGUCGCCGAGACUAUGCUCAAGCAGGAGGGCAAGGCCAAGUUGUAA